AUGGCGACCACUGCUCUGGAGUCCGAGGCUGCCCUUCGCCGCUUCGCAACCACCGAAUCCACGCCCAACUCCUCCACCAAUAUCUCUCCUCUCGACAGCCCUAGAACCUCUCCCUCUUCAACAUCGUUGUCUUCCUUUUCUGAGGAGGAGGUGGUAGUGCAGCAGAAGGGCACCGCCACUACCACCACAACCACCCAGAAAAAGACGCAGCUCGUCGACACAUACGGAAACCCUUUUGAGAUUCCUGAUUAUACCAUCAGUGAUAUCCACAAAGCCAUUCCCAAGCACUGUUUCGAGAGGUCGGCCGUUACCGGUCUCUACUACGUUGCUCGAGAUGUUGUCUCCUUGUCCACGACCUUUUACCUUUUCCACCAUUUCCUAACACCGGAAACCGUCCCCUCCACUCCUCUCAGGACCGCUCUUUGGUUUUUGUACACUGUCAUCCAAGGCCUUUUCGGCACCGGACUGUGGGUCUUGGCUCACGAAUGUGGCCAUCAAUCUUUCUCAACCAGUAAAGUCUUGAACGACACCGUGGGCUGGAUCUGCCACUCUGCCUUGUUGGUCCCGUACUUUUCCUGGAAGAUCUCCCAUGGCAAACAUCACAAAGCCACUGGCCACAUGGAGCGAGACAUGGUUUUUGUGCCCUCCACCAAGGAAGAGUACGCCACCAAACGGGGAUAUCUGCUCCACCAACUGGAAGAGCUCACCGAGGAGACCCCAAUUGCCACCGCAUAUCAUUUGAUUGCCCAGCAGCUCGGCGGCUGGCCCAUGUACUUGAUCACCAAUGUCACUGGACACAACAAGCACGAGGGCCAGCGUGAGGGUCGUGGAAUUGGCAAGCAGAAUGGGUUUCUCACAGGUGUCAACCACUUCAACCCGAAUAGUCCUUUGUAUGAGGCCAAAGAUGCCAAGUUGAUCCUCCUCAGCGAUCUCGGUCUCCUCAUUACGGGCAGUGUCUUGUUCCUGGUUGGCAGCAAGUACGGAUUUGCAAAUCUGUUCGUUUGGUACAUUGCUCCAUAUCUGUGGGUGAAUCACUGGUUGGUCGCCAUCACCUUCCUGCAACACACUGAUCCCUCCCUGCCUCACUAUACCCCGGAUACUUGGACCUACACACGAGGCGCUGCCGCGACCAUCGACCGAGAGUUUGGAUUUGUUGGUCGUCAACUGCUCCAUGGAAUCAUCGAAACUCAUGUUCUGCAUCACUAUGUCAGCACCAUUCCAUUCUACCAUGCCGACGAAGCCGGAGAGGCGAUCAAAAAGGUCAUGGGCCGUCAUUAUCGAAGUGAUACCAGGGGCGGAUCGCUGGGAUUUCUCAAGAGCAUUUGGACUUCGAUGCGCUGGUGCAACUGGGUGGAGCCUUUGGAGGGUGCCAAAGGCGAGGAUGCCGGGGUGCUUUUCUUCCGCAACCGCAAUGGCCUGGGCCUUGCGCCUGCUAAAACGCAACAAUAG